UGCUCAAUAUUCAAAUUUAAUGAAAUAUAAAUAUGGCUGAACGACAAUGAAAAUUUCAACGCUUUUCUCCUGGAUUUUUGCGUUUAUUAAGUUCAUACAGCGUUGUAUUUGUGGAAGAAAGCAACUAAACAAUGAAAAUAGCACGAGAAGCGUUUCAAAACAACCAUAUAUGACUCCAAGCAAAGAUGACGAUUUAACAUCUUGGGAUGACUGGGGUAAAAAUGAUAAUGAACUUGUGAGUGUCAAAGUAGAGGCUGUAAAUGGCAAGGAUGCACAACAAGAACAAAAAGAAAACGAAGUUGAUUUGUUUGGUGACAUGCAGCCCAUAUUUCAGAAACCUAAAAAGAUAAGACUGAAAAGAAGCUCUCCAGAAGAAAACAUAUCAGUGAAGCAGUCAUCAGACAGGUUGAAGUUUGACUCAUCAACAGCAAUUCCUGGGACUGAAUUGGGAACUUGGACUGAGGAUUGUGAUGCUUGGGAAGAGGUAGGAGAUGAUGAGAUAGAAUGGGAAACACAAAAUGUCUUGAAGGAAACUAGACAAGCUGAGAGAGAGAGAAGAGCUUUGGAACAACAGAAGAGGAAGGAAGAACGGGAUGCUGCAAGAAUAGCUAAGAAAACUUCUGGAAACUUUGGAGUUAGGUUAAAUUAAUAUGUAAGUGUAGGUAGAAAUAAAUUGUAUACAUUGUCACUUCAUAUUCAUCUCUAAAACCUUGUAUUCACUAUUUACUUCAUUCAAAUAGAAGUUUAAAUGUAGUACAGGAUCCAAGGUAUUUCAAUCGACAUUAAGCAUGUUUUUAUAUAGUUGAUAUCUUUAAAAUAAAAUUAUCUGCUUGCUUACCAUAUGUAGUGUGGUAAUAAGUAAUUUACCUGACAAUUUGUAAGAAAUUGGCAACAUUACAUGUGAUUGCCUAAAUAA